CCGCUGCAGGUUGUGCAAGUCGGUGUUCACAGCGUCCACCACCAGGGUAGUUGAACACUUCUUCAAGAAAGGGAGACCAUGCACUGCGAGGACGGCAGAGAUUCUGCACUUGCUUGCAUUGGACGGCGCGAAGAUCGAAGGAGAUGCAGCCAAGAGGAUGGUCCACAGGUACAGGGUGGAGAGUGGGAUACCUGAGGACAAGAGGAUGGGGCCUGAUGGGGAGCAAGAUGGAGCAACGUUGUAGGAAAUGGAGGCAGAACUUCGGCCACCACCGGUGCCGGGGAGAGAGGUCCCAACAACAGUGCAAGCUCAAAGUGUUGCAGUGCCUCAUUCGGGAGGCCGCACAUCUCAGGGACUAGACUUGGGUGAAUUGGAGGCCGCAGUCGCUGCUGACCCUUCUUGCCAGGCCUCCUCCUCCACCACCGAUGUGAGGACGGGAAAGAAAACCCAUACCUCUAUCCGCAAGUGGGUAGAGAACAUUGCACAGAAGAGGUUGGACAAACAGUGGGGUAAGGCUUUGUUUCGGGCCGGGGUGCCCUUCAACUUUGUGAGGCAAGAGGAGACCAAAGCACUCCACGACUUGUACAUGGAGUUGGGUGCACAGAAGGCAAAAGCACAGAUGACCAAAUUCGAUACUCUCCGGACCAUUGUGCUUGACGCCAUCUUUGAUGAGGUGAAGCAAACAGUGCAACCAAUCGUGGAUAAUUGGGAUAUGUCAGGUUGCACACUCAUCACUGAUGGAUGUACGGAUAUAAAGUUCAGGCUAGUCUUGAAUUUCAUUGGCGGUGGAGAGGGAGGGGCAGUACUGAUGAAGGUGGUCGACGCGGUGGUGAAAGUGAUGCGGCCUGUGAGCGAGAUGCUGCGCAGGAUGGACAUGGAUGGAACAACACCUUCGCAGCUGUGGAGAUUUGGUGACAUGCUUUGCGCCCGCUUGGAGAACAUCGACGGCAUGACAAGGGAGCAGCUGCAAGCGCUUUUCGCACUCGUCGACGAUGGUUGCAAGAUGAUGAGGCAGCCUGCCCAUGCUGCACACUUCCUCCUCCAUCCAACUAGGAGAGACCCCAGAUGGCUGCUUGACAUGGACUCCCCCUUAGUACAAAACGCGAUCAAGUUCUUCUUGUCACAGUUGGGGGGUGACCGUUGGGGGUAUCUGCAGUCACACCUUGAUGUGUGGCAAAGCUUAUGGACGUUCCAUUGCGAACCGCCGAAGGAACAGGCCAUGAAAGAGCCAAUGUGGGACGAGUUCGGCAAGGGAGAUGGUAGCCUCACUAGGAAGACGGCCUCGCAGUGGUGGGCUGCAUAUGGUGGGAAGCAUAAGAAGCUUCAGAAGAUUGCAACAAGGGUAACUGCCAUGUGGAGCACAGCGACACCUGCAGAGAGAAACUGGUCCUCCCUUGACUUGGUGCAAACAAAGAGGAGGAACAAUCUCUCCAUCGAGAGUGUUGAAAUUUUGGUGUACAUCCACUGGAAUAUGCAGCUAAGUGUGGUUCGCCGCGGUCUGAAGUGUGGCUUUUUGGACAUGUGGGGCACAUGCUUUGACGAUCCUGAGCCUCCGAGCGCAAAAGACCCAGCAGUUUUGCCAGGCCCCUUGGAGGGGACGGAGGAGGAGGAUGCGAGACAGGCAAAACUGAGGAAAGCCCCCAAAGGCAGGAUUCCGAAGGGCUGGGACACUGACGACACCUCCGAUUCUGAGAGCAGCGACGAAGAGCUCAUAUGGAGUGGGAAAGGAGAGAAUGGAGGAAGGAGGUCACAACCAGCACGGGACGCCAAGGGCAAGGCCACAAUGGUCGAGGAGAGCGAUGUGGACAACGAUGAACUUGGGGAGGAGGAGGAGGAGGAGGAGGAGGAUCCAGAUGAUCCGGACUUCAAGUUGCAUCCACCCGGGCUCGACGAUGACUCUGAGCCUGAUAUGGGCGACCGCACAAGGUCCACUCCACCCAUUGACACAACUCACGCGAAGAGCUUGAGCAAUCUUUCUUUCGUUAUGCCAGCAUUGUGCCCUUCGAGGGCGGACACGCUUGUCAAUGAUGACGCUGAUCGGGCUGCAGCAAGGUCCCUCACAGAGAGGGAUCACUCGAUCGUACAGCAGCGGAUCGAGCAGGAUAAUGCACGACGAGUGGCAGUCCCUCCCCCUUCGAGACUCAACAGGGCAACAGCAGCAACAAAGACAGGAGUAGCAGCAGCUGCAACGUCGAUAGCAGCAGAAGCAGUAGCGGCAGACGCGCUCGUAGAAGCGCCAAAAGCAAGAGGAUCGGUAGCACUUGCUGCAGCAGCAGGAUUGGCAGCAGCAGCGCCAGAUGCACAUGUACAAGUGUCAGCAGCAGUGCCAGAUGCACCCGUGGAAGUGCGAGAAGCAGCAGGGUUAACAGCACCAGCUGCGGCGGGAGGGGUGGCAGCUAUAGUGGCAGGUGCGGCAGCUGCAGCGACAGGUACAGCAGCUACAGCAAGAGCAGCAGUAGCAGUAGCUGGAACACCCAUUGUGACAGCUGCACCACCCGGCGUGGCAGCUGCAACAAAAUCAGCUACACCAGCUUCAGCAACAGGCGCUGAAGAGCAAGCUGAGGCCAAACAGCUGAAAAAGGAUCAGCAACAGAUGCCACAGCUUGAGGAACGGCAGAUGCCACGGCAGGGGCAUGACCAGCAGCUGCCACAGCUCAAGGAACAGCAGAUGCCACAACAGCACCAGCAAGCUGAGCAAGAGGACUACCAAAAUUGGCAGCAAGAGCAGAAGCAGGACCUGGAGCAGGAGAAGCAGCAACAACAGUCGGAAAAGCAUGAAGAGCUGCAGCUGCAACAACGGCAAUAUACCGAGAGAACUGCAGAACCAGCACGACAGUGACGACACUUGGUCCAGUGCCCUCCUCUCCCUCGCCUGGAUGACAACCUCGUUCACGACAACCUGGAUAUCAGUAGGGCGGGAAGAAAAAGGAACCCCCCUGCCGCUCAAACGACUGCUGCGCCGGUAGCCAAACGGGGGUGUGGAAGGCCGCGCAAAGGAGAACAAAGACCUGCACCUCCA